AUGAGCACUGGCGCGCUGCGGACCGCCGCGGGCGACUCGACGCCCGGUUCCGACGGCGAUCGCAUCACCAGCCUCUUUCCCAAGUGCAGGCCGAAGAGCAUGCAGCAUCACCAAGAUAGAUUAAACACUGCCAUUGAAGGACGGGAGAUGAAUAACAUGAACAACGUGUCCUCGGAUGACGAGAGGGAGAAUGACGCACAAGUCAUACUCGGUUCCAAGGGAGCUUAUAAGCUUAGGGAUUCUAGGAUAAUAGAAAUAGCGGGCGGCAGAGAAUUGUACUCUCAAAGUAGAACAAAAGCUGUACGGAAAUUACGUCACAAUAACACACAUAAGCACAACCUGAGAAACAAAAUACGAUCAAUCACUAAGGAAACCGUCGACUAUGCCGGGGAUUCAAUCACCAAUGAGAUAUCGUUGCAUAGGAUAAACCUUGAGCCGAAGAAAAUGAUUUCAAGACACACAUCGCCUUCGUACACAAAUGGCGAUAGGGAUAGAAUUAUCGAGCAAACGAUGGGCAUACCGAAAAACAGUUCUCCUAUUCUGGACCCGCAUAAAAUUGCAGAUAUCAGCGCUAAAAGCAGCCCCAUAGCGGUGGUAGCUGACGGUGAAGUUGUGGUCUUUGAAGACAAUGAUGACUGGAAAGGUAUGAGGAUGGUCCCGGACGCUAGUGAUGAGGAAAUCGAUAUCAGUGUAAAGAGAACUUUAGACAACUUGAAAAAUGGUGACAGUGAAAUGAACAAUAAGAGUGAAAUGAGUGAGAGUGAAUCGAGCCCUUCCCGAGACGACGUCAGACUGAGCGAUGCGAGUCCGACGGGGGUGUGGUUGUCUGAUGAUGAUAAAAACAGAGUGACUCGAGUUAUAGGAGAACUGCCAAUAGCGGAGUACGAGGGUUCGCCGCGGCGUUACGGUAUUGGACAGCAGAAGAGCCAAGUGAGAUCACCAAGACCUGGAUUUCCCCAGCGAAUAAUAACAGAAAGCAGGGACGACACUCCGCCGCCCAGUUCAACGGCGUUCGACUAUCUAUACGAGUUCUCGGAAACGAGGAAAGUUCUCGAAGAGUUCUUUAAAUGUCCUCCACAGCAGAACGCUAAUGAUGAAAUUGUUAACUUUCAAGAAUUAGACUACGAACUUCGCCGUCACACUCAAGAAUGUCCCUCCGAGAACGGGAUAGACGGAAGCGAGAGCGAAUGGCCUUUGGCGGACACAUUACAUUCGCCGCAUACCGCGCACAAUCACACCAACUUCCUUGGCCUACAGCAACAACGCGCCCGCUACGGUGCGCCCGACAUGUCAGCUCUACGUGCUGGUCACUCUACCGUGAUGGAUGACGCGGGCGUCGAAGAAGACGAGCCUGACGUGGACGGAAGCGUAUGCGCAUCGCCAGCUGUACGACCAGCGCAUGCGCUUGCCCUUUCAUCGGCUGCUAGCGACACACCCAGCGAUCUCUCGCUCGCUAUCAUGGAGAAUGAGCUGUCAGAAAUGAAAGUACAAAUGGAGCUGAAUAGAGUAGUUGGUGCUCACAUGCCUGUCGUAGAAGACGGGCUAUCGUCAGGCCACGUGUCUGACAGUGACAAUAAUAAUCAGAUCAUCUCAAUGCCGGCACACUCUCCAAUGAAAAUAGAAGAGAUCGUAGAUAGUGGAACCAAUACUGACCCACAUCUUUUAUCUGAUGCAGACUUGCAUUCGCUCGAUCCAUUAGCUUGCAGUUCCGCGCCUCCCCCGCCUGCACCAGCCCCACACCGCCCGUUGGAGCAUGGUCCGCACCAGCCCCACACACCACAUCACCACCACAUGCCGCAUACGCAGCAUCACGACGAUGUCUAUGCCAGAAAACGGCCGACAUCAGCUCAGAGCAAUGAUUCUGUAGAAAUUAAAGCAGUGAGUGGCGAUGAAGACGAAGCUGACACUGAUCUUGAGACCGACAGACUCUUGGGACAGCAACGAACUGACGAUCAAGGAUUCUUUGAUGAUAAAAUAAUGCCUCUAUUCGUGAGAAUACAACCGAAGAUUGUGUGCAAUUGUGACUCCGAGGUAAAUGAUAAAACUGAUUUUCCUGUCGGAAAUAAUGGUGUCAUAAUUAGAGAAGGUACACGUAAAGAAAUAACGCAGAAUAUAGAUAUGGCAAACGAUAAUAUUAGUGAUAAUGAAACGAAAUCACUUGCUCCUGCUAAAGAAACGUCAGAAGAAGAGGGCUGGCGCAAACCCAAGUCUAGGACGGUGAUGCCAUCAGUAGGUUCUGCGGGAACGAAUAGGGAAGCGCACCCACACGACAGUACUGAUCAUCGGGAUGAUGACGCCCUGCACAACGGAAAGGACAAAGAUGCCAAGAAGAAAAGCAAAAACAAAGAAGAUCUCGCUUCAGUGCUGAUAGAAGGUGUGCUAUUUCGCGCACGAUAUUUGGGUUCAACACAGCUGGCGUGCGAAGGACAGCCCACGAAAGCCACUAGGAUGCUGCAGGCCGAAGAAGCUGUUUCACGGAUUAAGGCACCAGAAGGAGAAAAUCAACCAAGCACCGAAGUGGACUUGUUCAUUUCAACGGAAAAGAUAAUGGUUCUAAACACAGAAUUAAAAGAGAUAAUGAUGGAUCACGCCCUAAGAACGAUCUCUUACAUUGCGGAUAUUGGGGACUUAGUGGUUUUGAUGGCAAGAAGGAGGUUCGUGCCCCACGAAAGUGAUUCAGACCAACCUAAACUGAAUCGUACGCCCAAGAUGAUAUGUCAUGUUUUUGAAAGUGAAGAGGCACAGUUCAUAGCCCAGUCAAUCGGGCAAGCAUUCCAGGUGGCUUAUAUGGAAUUCCUGAAAGCCAACGGUAUCGAAGAUCAUAGUUUUGUCAAAGAAAUGGAUUACCAGGAAGUGUUGAACAGUCAGGAAAUAUUUGGUGAUGAGUUGCAAAUGUUUGCUAAGAAGAAAGAGGUGGUGGUGCCGAAGACGAAAGGUGAGAUUCUCGGCGUGGUCGUGGUGGAGUCCGGAUGGGGUUCAAUGCUGCCGACUGUCGUGAUUGCAAACCUAGCACCAGCUGGUGCCGCCGCUAGAUGUGGUCAACUCAACAUUGGUGAUCAAAUAAUUGCAAUUAACGGGGUAAGCUUAGUCGGUCUACCGUUGUCAACUUGUCAAACGUAUAUCAAGAAUUCAAAGAAUCAGACGGUAGUUAAACUGACAGUGGUGCCCUGUGCGCCAGUUGUGGAGGUGAAGAUCAAACGGCCGGAUACUAAAUACCAAUUGGGAUUCAGUGUGCAAAAUGGGGUGAUAUGCAGUUUGCUACGCGGUGGUAUAGCGGAGAGAGGUGGGGUACGCGUGGGGCAUCGGAUUAUAGAGAUCAAUUCUCAGAGCGUUGUGGCUGUACCGCACGAACGUAUCGUCAACUUACUAGCGACCUCUGUUGGUGAGAUAUUAAUGAAAACGAUGCCAACAUCCAUGUUCCGGUUGCUGACGGGGCAAGAGAACCCAGUAUUCAUCUGA